AUGCCCGCUUCCAGCAUCCCCCGCUCUUUCCGGGGCGGAAUUGACGUCGGCUUCCGGGCCGCGGUCUGCUCCGCAUUCAGAGCAUUCUCUGUUGCCGCUGGCUUCGCACUCUCCCUGGACUGCUGGAACCGGAGUCCCUUUCAGUCAGUUCCCCAGUUUCAGCGAGAGCAGCCUCUCCUGCCAAGGACAGAGAUCCGCAGCGGCACCAAGAGGGGGAGUAAGAACAGACUGUCUGGUUCUGUCAUGGAUCACACACCGGGAGGGACAGCUUGGAAUAUAACAAGAAAUGAGAAAAAUACCUUCUGGAUGGUUCCAUAUAUUUUGGCAGAGGAUGAUUGGCUAACGGUAGAUUAUCGAAUGAUGAGUGUGUUUAUCACCAUUCAAGUGAUUUUCUUCCCCGUCCUCGCUAUCAUUGCUCUUCCCGUGAACACGGUGACCAUAUUCAUCCUGUCUCGUGGUAAGUGCGGCCUCUCCAGAGUUGUCACUUGCUACCUGGUUGCCAUGGCAGUGGCGGAUAUUCUGGUCCUUAUCCUGGACCUGAUAUUGAGCAAGAUUCCACUUAUGUACACGCCAUACCUCGUUUUCGUCCUAUCAAUGCCCAAGGUGUGUAAUAUCCAGGCUGCUCUGAUUUACACCGUCACAGACUGUUCGGUCUGGUUCACCGUUACGUUCACCUUUGAUCGGUUUGUCGCCAUUUGUUGCCAGAAGCUGAAAACAAAAUAUUGCACCGGGAAAACUGCGGGUGUUGUUUUGGGGACAGUGACUGCGAUCAGCUGUUUGAAGAAUAUUUACUGGUAUUUGCGGCUCUCAGAGAUAUACACAUGGUCAAUCAAUCCAUUCAUUUGUAAAAAGAGAGAUUAUUAUUUGAAUUUCACUUCUGAGGUUGACUUAUUCUAUUACUUCCUCACCCCUGUAUUCCCAUUUCUGCUGGUUCUAGUAACGAAUGUUUUCACCGUCAGGCAUGUCUUGGUUACGAGCAGAACUCGCAGGAGACUCAGGGUUCCCGGAAACGGACAGAGUGUCAGAGACCCGGAGAUGGAGAAACGCAGGAAAUCCCUCGUUUUAUUGCUGAUCGUCUCCGGCAAUUUCAUCCUGCUGUGGGCACCUUUCACUGUGUUCUCUGCGUGGGAUCGGAUAUGCGAUCUUACCAAUUUCGUGCUUCCGCCCGAAUCUCUGCGAGAACUUGGCAUCAUUUUGCAGCUUCUGAGCUGUUGUACAAACACGGCCCUUUACGCCUUUACACAGACCAAGUUCAGGGUGCAACUAACUAAUGUGGUAAAAUCUCCGCUCGCUCUCUUUGUAGUGAAGAAGUGGUGA